CAGUGUUGCUAGUGAGAACAAGAAAACGAAAUGCUCUCACAAGCUGAAAUGUGAAGCAGAAGAGGCACGAAAUUGUAAUUUGUCUUAAAUAUGUCCAAAUUACAUCUGUUAAAUGUGUUUAUUAGCGAGCGUUUAACAACUGCGGCAUUAGAGAUAUUUGGUUCAACGAAGAAGACCCUAACAGAGUACCAGGAGAGGCUAGCAACAGCGGCAACUGAUAUUAUUCUCGUGGUGGAAAAGACACUAACAGAAGUUCGGGGGGAGAACGACCGUCUACGGGGGUUUCUUUUGGAUUUUGGAGCAGACCUCCAACAUCUGACUUUAGCUCAAGGGGAGGCUACCUUUAAGCAGCAGCCGAACUGUGAACUGGAGUGGAGCCCCAUUCUGAGGCAGGAGGACCCAGACCCCACACAGAUCACAGAUGAACAGGGGCAUCUUAGGACAAGUGAGGGGGAAGAGCAGCUUCAAAGACAUGAGUCUGUUGCCUCAGAGGUUGUCGAGUUUGUAUUCAUUCCUCGCUGUGUAGAAAGUGACUGUGAUCAAGACAGAACAAGUGUCCAUCAACCGCGCAACACAACUGAAAGGUCCCAGUCAGAAUCGGAUGAAGAAGAUAACAGAGUAUCGGAGCUAAACUGUGAUUCUCAGCCCCUCUCUGCAGUAAAUCCAGAUUGUUCUGCAGCUCCCAGUGAAGUCGUUGUAAGUAUGGAUGAGGACGAGAGUGAGGAAAUAUCGUCAGGGUCAAAGAGAUCACGGGCCAAGAGAGGACUAAGCUCUACAGUCUGCACUGAGGCCAAUACCUCAGUGCAGACUGAGGUAUUGGCCAGUGAGUCUGAUAAAAGGGAGAGACAAUACAAGUGCCACAUCUGUCCUAAAAGCUUCAUCUCGUCGGUCAGUCUUCAACUACACCAGAAAUGUCACAAUGCUGAGAACAAGAGACAACAGAAGUGUCCUGUGUGCAGUAAAGGCUUUAAGACUCUAAGCCACUUAAAAUCCCAUCAGUUAAUCCACACAGGGGAGAAACCUUAUAAGUGCACCAUGUGCAGCCAGUGCUUCAAGAGGCCAUGCAGUCUGAAGGUACACCAGAGGCUUCAUGGUGAGAAACCCUAUAAGUGUUCUAUGUGCAGUAAAACCUUUAAUACUUUACCCAGUUACAGAGUACAUCAGAGAACGCACACAGGGGAGAAGCCAUUCAAGUGCACAGUGUGCAUUAAAAGCUUCACCAGUUCAAGUCUGUUGAAAGUACAUCAGAUCUAUCACACUGGUGAGAAAUUACACAAGUGCAAAGAAUGUGACAAGAGCUUUUACCGCAAUGGGAAUUUGGUAGUUCAUAUGAGGAUCCACACGGGAGAGAAACCCUACUGUUGCCACACAUGUGGGAAAUCUUUCACUCAUAAGCCAUCAUUAAAAAUGCAUAUGGUGAACCACACAAGGGAGAAGCAAUAUAAGUGCCCUGUAUGUGAAAAAUGCUUUACAUUGGCUUCGGAUCUCAAACAACACCAUCGUCAGAUUCACACUGAAGAGAAACCCUAUAAUUGUAAAAUUUGUAACGAAAGCUUCAUGUCAAAGGGCAGCCUGACAGAACAUCUGAAUUCUCACACGGGGGAGAAACCGUUUACUUGUCCUACAUGUGAAAAAAGCUUCAAAACAUUGGCUUAUCUGAAGCGCCACCAGCAAGACCACCUUGCGGGGAAAACGGGAGAAAAGCAAGCCUCGUACCUCUGCAGUGACUGUGGAAAAAGCUUCAGAACAUUGGGUUGCUUGAAGGUGCACAUGAGGAUUCACGCCGAGAGGCAGCUGCAUAAGUGUCCGGUCUGUGGGAAAGACUUCACGUCAUUGUCUUAUUUCAAACUCCACCAGCGAAUCCACACUGGCGAGAAGCUACACCAGUGCAACGUCUGCAGCAAAAGCUUCACCAUGAGUGGGCACCUGACUGAGCACAUGAGGACUCACACAGGGGAAAAACCGUUUAAGUGUUCCGUGUGUGAGAAAUGCUUCAAGUCAUCCACGUAUCUUAAAGUCCACCAGCGAAUCCACACCGGAGAGAAGCCGUAUCAGUGCAAUGUCUGCAGCAAAAGAUUUGCUCAGAAGGGAAGCCUGAAAGACCACACGAUGAUCCACACAGAGAAGGAAUUACUAAAGUGUCUUGUUUGUGGGAAGGGAUUUACAUCAUCAAGUAAUCUAAAUAACCAUCAGCUGAAUCACUGUGUCGAGAAAACAGGAAAAAAUACCUCUGAGGAAACGUCCUACCUUUGCAGUGACUGCGGGAAAAGCUUCCGAACCAUGAGUUACCUGAGGGUGCACAUGAGGACUCACUCGGAACGACAAAUGCACAAGUGUCCUGUUUGUGGGAAAGACUUCACUUGGGCUUCUUCUCUCAAAGUCCACCAGCGAGUUCACACUGGAGAGAAACCCUUUAAGUGUACUCUUUGUAACAAAAGCUUCACUUGGAAGGGAGUCCUGAUAGAACAUGUGAAAAAUCACACAGGGGAGAAACAACAUCAGUGCCAUGUCUGCAGCAAAAGGUUUGUUUAUAGCAGAAGUCUGUCACAUCAUAUGAUGACACACACAGGAGAGAAACGAUUUAAGUGUCUUGUAUGUGGAAUAUGCUUUGCAACAUCAAUUCUUCUAAAAUACCACCAGCGAAUUCACACCGGUGUAAAACCUUAUCUAUGCAAUGUUUGUAGCAAAACCUUCACUUGGAAGGGAGGUCUGACACAACACAUGAAGAGUCACACAGGUGAGAGGCCAUACAAAUGCCCCGUGUGUGGAAAAGGAUUCACAACAUCGGGUGAUUUGACACGCCACAACAGAGUUCAUACUGGAGAAAAACCAUUUCACUGCAGCCACUGUAACAAGUUCUUUAGUCAGAUCAGUUCCCUUAAGUCACAUAUGAAGAAUGUUCACUAGAAAUAGAACCUAAGCUUCCAUUGUGUAACGUGUCAAUGAUGUCCGUAUGACCAACAUGCCAUGUUUGAAAGGUUAUGAUGUUGAAUGUUGCAUAAACCCAUAUUGCUUAUUUGUUUAGAGGCCAGUCGCUUAAUGUGUAACCAGCCCUUACUAAUGUAAUGAUCAUUUCCCACAAUAUUUCACAUUAAAAAUCCCAUUUAAUGAU